AUGUCUCAAGCAAACCGAACUCGUGCAAGUAACUUCACCCCUGUCAAAGAUGAACAACUGGCCCGUAGCUGGAUUGAAGUGUCGGAGGAUGUACUGAUUAAUAACUCGCAGACAAUGGGAUCAUUCUGGGAAAGAGUACAGGCCCAAUUCAAAGAACUCUCAGGAAAGGAAAAGGAGACCAAAACUCUAUCAAACCGUUGGGACUUGCUUCGGAAAGCGACCAUGAAGUUUUCAGCACAUUACAACAAGAUCAAAGACCAUCCUCCCUCUGGAUCUGCCCCCACCGACUAUCUCAAGUUAGCUAAAAAGUCUUACUACGAGGAAACCCAAAAGGUCUUUACAUACGACUCAGCUUGGUCCAUCCUGUACACACAUGCAAAGUGGCAGGAUGCGAGGGGUAAUCGCAAAAAAACUCAGCCAACUUCAGAAGCUCCGCCAACGUCCGAUCCCGUACCACUACCACAAACCUCAACACAAGAAAACACACCUGUCGGCAACCUGGAAUCUCAAGGGGACGAUCCAACCGAAGUUUGUCCAAUUGGGAUUAAGAGUGCCAAAAGGAAAGAAGCCGAGAUUCUACUUGCUCAAAAGAAAGUCAGGCUUCUUGAAAAAAACUCUGCCGAGGGCUCCAAACGAAUUGCCCAGCUCGAUCGUGCCAAUGAACUACAAGAAGAAACGAAUCGAAUUCAAAAGGAGCGGGCCCAUGACUUACAUCUCCAAAAUGAGAUGGCCAUCAUGGACAAGGACCUCAGCCGGCUUGAUGAAUACGCUCAAGAAUUCUACCUCAGCAAAAAAAAGGAGAUCAUCGACAACAUGCGAAGACGAGAUGCUGCCAAACAAGCCAAUGAGAAUCCAGCUCAAUCGACCUUGCAAUCCAAUGAAACCCAAAGCCAGGACAACAAUGACGAGGAUCAUACAAUUGAUCCAUUAUUAGAUGAAUUGCAAUAG